AUGGGACGUUUACAAGUAGCUAUUGAUCGUGGUGGUACAUUUACUGAUGUAGUAGCACGUACAUCUGAUGAUAAAAUUGUUACAAUGAAAUUAUUAUCUGAAGAUCCAGAGAAAUAUAAAGAUGCUCCAACAGAAGCAAUACGUCGGUUAUUAAAACAAGAAUCUUUUCCACUUAAUCCAGCUGAUGUUGAUUGGAUUCGUAUGGGUACAACUGUAGCAACAAAUGCAUUACUUGAACGAAAAGGUGAACGUGUUGCUUUAUUAGUUACAAAUGGUUUUCGUGAUUUACUUUAUAUUGGAAAUCAAUCACGACCGAAACUAUUUGAUUUAUCAGUUCGUAUACCUGAUGUUCUUUAUGAAGAAGUUGUUGAAGUACAAGAAAGAGUAGUAUUAUGUCGUGAUGAUUGUAAAUUAGAUAAUGAAAUUCGAGGUAAAAAUGAACAGAAGAAAACAACAACAGGAGAUAAAAUUGAAGUCUGGAAAGAAGUUGAUGAAGAACAAUUACGUAAAGAUUUAAAUGCAAUUAAAGAAAAAGGUAUUUUAUCAGUAGCUGUUGCACUUCUUCAUUCAUAUUGUUUUCCUGAUCAUGAAUUACGUGUUGGUGAAAUUGCGCGUGAUAUGGGUUUUACAAAUGUAUCUUUAUCACAUCAAAUAAUUGCUAUGCAAAAAUAUGUUCCACGUGCUCAUACAGCUUGUACUGAUGCUUAUUUAACUCCAUGUUUAAAACGAUAUAUUGAUACAUUUUCAAGUGCUUUUGAAAAAAAUAAACUUGAUGAACUUAAUGUUUUAUUUAUGCAAUCAGAUGGUGGUUUAACACCGGUUGAAAAAUUUUCUGGAUCACGAGCAAUUCUUUCUGGACCUGCAGGUGGUGUUGUUGGAUAUUCUACAACAAGUUAUAUAGAUUCUCAACCAGUUAUUGGUUUUGAUAUGGGCGGAACAUCAACUGAUGUUAGUCGAUUUGAUGGUUCACUUGAACAUGUUCUUGAAAGUACAAUUGCAUCUGUUACUAUACAAGCACCACAAUUAGAUAUUAAUACAGUAGCUGCUGGUGGUGGAAGUAUAUUAACAUUUCGUUCAGGUCUUUUUCGAGUUGGUCCAGAAUCAGCUGGUGCUCAACCUGGCCCAGCAUGUUAUAGAAAAGGUGGACCAUUAACUGUAACGGAUGCUAAUUUAAUCUUAGGUCGUUUAAUAGCCGAAGAUUUUCCAGCAUUAUUUGGACCGAAAGGAGAUGAACAAUUAGAUUCGGAAGUCACAUCAAAUAAAUUUAAAGAAUUGACUGAAACAAUCAAUUCAUUUUUGAAAGAAAAUGAAAAAAAAUCAUUAAGUGUUGAAGAAAUCGCUUUAGGUUUUAUUAAUGUUGCAAAUGAAAGUAUGAGUCGUCCUAUUCGAGCAUUAACUGAAGGUAAAGGUUUUGAUCUUCGUGAUCAUGUUCUGGCGUGUUUUGGAGGUGCUGGUGGUCAACAUGCUUGUGCAAUUGCCCGUACUUUAGGCAUGAAAACUGUAUUUGUUAGUCGUUUUGCUGGUGUACUAUCAGCAUUAGGUUUAGCUUUAGCAGAUGUUGUUCAUGAAAUGCAAGAACCAUCCGGUAAAGCAAUUAAUCCAGAUAACUGGUCAACUGUUCUUGAUCGAUUAAAACAUCUUUCAAAAUGUGGAGUCGAAGAGCUUACUAAACAAGGACAUGAUCAGAAAUCAAUUAUUGUAGAAAAAUAUUUAAAUCUUCGAUAUGAAGGAACUGAUUGUGCACUUAUGUGUACAAGCAAUGAAGAUACACCUGAAUCAUUUACAAAUCUAUUUCUUAAAAAAUAUCAAGAUCAAUUUGGUUUUACAUUACCGGAUCGUCCAAUAAUUACAGAUGAUAUACGAAUACGUGCAUUAGCAAAAUCAGCAAUGAAUAUUGAUCGAAAAAUUGAGAAUCGACCCAAUGAUAAACCUUUAAAAGAAUCAAAAAAAACUAAAUGUUAUUUUGAAAAAGGUUUUGUUGAAACAUCUGUUUAUCUUAUUCAUGAACUUUUUGCUAAUGAUAAAAUAUCUGGUCCAGCAAUUAUUAUUGAUCCUAGUUGUACAAUUCUUAUUGAACCAAAUUGUGAAGCUACAGUUACAGAUUGUGGUGAUAUUCAUAUUUCAAUUGAACAUAUUAAAGAUGAUACAGAUUCAACUGAACUUGAUCUUAUUAAAUUAUCGAUUUUUCAAAAUCGUUUUAUGAGUAUUGCAGAACAAUGUGGACGUGUUCUUCAAUUGACUGCUAUAUCAACGAAUAUUAAAGAACGUUUAGAUUUUAGUUGUGCUGUAUUUGGUCCUGAUGGUGGUUUAGUUGCCAAUGCUCCACAUAUACCAGUACAUUUAGGAGCUAUGCAAGAAGCUGUACAAUAUCAAAUGCGUUCUAUUGGUCAUGAAUUGCGUGAUGGUGAUGUAAUUCUAUCAAAUCAUCCUGCAGCAGGAGGAACUCAUCUACCAGAUUUUACAGUUAUAACACCAGUAUUUCAUAAAGAGAAUAAAGAUAAACCAGUAUUUUUUGUUGCAAGUCGUGGUCAUCAUGCAGAUAUUGGUGGUUUAACUCCAGGUUCAAUGCCACCGAAUUCAACAUCUUUACUUCAAGAAGGUGCACAAUUUAUUUCAUUUAAAAUUGUUGAACAAGGAAAAUUUAAAGAGAAAGAAGUGACAGAUCGAUUAAAUGAACCAGGAAAACUUGAAAAUUGUUCAGGAACUCGAACAUUAACACAUAAUAUUGCUGAUUUAAAAGCACAAAUAGCUGCUAAUCUUAAAGGUGUUAAAUUAGUUCAAGAAUUAAUUGAUAUUUAUAGUCUUAAAGUAGUUCAAGCUUAUAUGGGUUAUAUUCAAGAUAAUGCUGAAACAGCUGUUAAAGAUUUGCUUAAAAGUGUAGUACAAUCUUUAUCUGAAAAAGAGAAUAAUGAAAAAGAUAAAGAUCAUGCUAAAUUACAAGCUGUUGAUUAUAUGGAUGAUGGAACAAAGAUUUGUUUAUGUGUUGAAAUUAAUGGAAAAGAACGGAAAGCUAAAUUUGAUUUUACGGGUACAAGUGAACAAGUAUGGUAUAAUUGGAAUGCACCACGUUCAAUUAGUUAUUCAGCUAUUAUUUAUUGUCUUCGAGCUAUGAUUCCUCAUGAAAUACCAUUAAAUCAAGGAUGUAUGAGACCAAUUGAAGUUAUUCUUCCACCAGGUUCAAUUCUGGAUCCACAUAAAGAUGCUGCAGUUGUUGGUGGAAAUGUAUUAACUAGUCAACGUUUAGUUGAUGUUAUUCUUCGUGCAUUUGGUGUUUGUGCUGCAUCACAAGGAUGCAUGAAUAAUAUCACUUGGGGUGAUAAUAAUGCCAUGAGUUAUUAUGAAACAGUAGCUGGUGGAGCUGGUGCUGGACCAAAAUGGCAUGGACGAUCAGGUGUUCAUACUCACAUGACGAAUACUCGAAUAACUGACCCGGAAAUUCUUGAAAAACGAUUUCCUGUUGUUCUAUUAAAAUUUUCUCUUCGUUUACAAUCUGGUGGUCAUGGUAAAUUUCGUGGUGGUGAUGGUGUAGAUCGACAAAUAUUAUUUCGUACUCCUAUAACCUUAUCAAUUUUAACUGAACGACGUGUACAUCAACCAUAUGGAUUAUGUGGAGGUGGGAAUGGUCAAAGUGGAAAGAAUGUAUUAAAACGUGUUGAUGGAAGAUUAGUGAAUUUAGGUGGAAAAUGUUCUGUACCGAUGAAACCUGGUGAUAUAUUUAUUUUACUGACACCCGGUGGUGGUGGUUAUGGAAAAGAAGAUGAUGAUCACGAACAUAAAUCUGAUGAAGCAGAAUUUCGAUCAUUUAUUGAACGUGGAAGUUUAUUUGAUUACAGACUUGCUCAAGAAGGCGUCUAA